CGGGGAUUGCUCGGUGAUUGAUUGUUAAUUCUCAAAGCCGGUGGCGUCAUCGCCGCCCGCUGCCCACUGUCUUUAUAUACUGCCACCACAUCACAUCAAUGUAACAAUCUCAUCCAUUCUUCUGCACACACUCAAUCUCAACAUACUCACUUCAAGCACACUCGGUCUUAAUACAAAUCAAACAAAAAUCAUUGACCAUGACAGCACAAGGCGACGUCACGGCGGAGAUUAACUUCUACCGCGCGCCAGCCGACGGCUCCGCGCCCUUCGCCUACGUGGAGCAGCCUCCAGCCGGCCAGCCGCAACAGAACUUCUCGCAGACGACCCAGCAGGUCCCUCUCCGCGACAUCCGCGGCCACGAGGACGAAUAUUCCCUUGCCAAGGACGCCUUCCAAGUCUUCCGGGGCGUCCCGUCGGCGAUGAGCUACGCGCAAUUCGACUCCGACGAGGCCAUCCGCGAGAUCUACUACCCGGAGACCGAGCGAUUCCUGCUCGAGCACGUCCCCGGCGCGCAGCGGGUGGUCAUCUUCGACCACACGGUGCGCAAGCAUGAGCCCAGCGCCUCGCGGCAGCCCGUGACGUACGCGCACGUGGAUCAGACGGCAGCCGCGGCGGAGGCGCGCGUGCGGCGGAGCAUCGCCGACCCGGCGGAGGCGGAGAAGCUAGCGCAGGGCCGCUUCCGCAUCAUCAACGUCUGGCGGCCGAUCAAUGGGCGGGUCGAGUCGCUGCCGCUCGCCUUUGCCAGCGGCAGCUCCACCGACCCCGCGGAUCUCAUCCCCGUCCAGCGCCGCUACCCCAGCUUCACCGGCGAGACCAUGAGCGUCCAGUACCAGCCGUCCCAGAAGUGGCUGUACUGGUCGCACGUCGACGACGACGAGCGCAUCCUGCUGCAGUGCUCCGAUAAUCAGCCGGGGGCUGUGUCGCGCGUGCCCCAUGCCGCGUUUGUGCAUCCCCGCUCCCCCGCGGAUGCGAAGCCUAGGGAGAGUAUUGAGGUGCGGGCAUUGGUGUUUGAUUAGGGGGUGUUAAUUG